AUGCCAGAAGGCAAGUCAAACAGCCAGUGCGACCAGGUUGUCGACUCGCAGUCAUCGACGCGCUGGUGGUAUACCAAGAAGCUGCGGAAUCAAACGUAUCCAAAAUCCCGAGAGGAUGGAGAGGAGUCAACUAUUCGAAGCAGCGAACACCCAGAUAGGGUAGAAAUCGCAAUCGGCAGAAGUGUUAAGGAUGGCGACGGAGGUGACAGGUGA